AAAACUCGUGUAAUAAUAUUUCAGCAAUAUAACUCAGGCACUGUUUGACCAGCUAUAACCCUCACUGAUUUUGAGGACCCUUCAGUCUAUCAUGGCGGCGCCCGGUGGCAUUCUGAAUUGUGAGGACUUUUUAAUGUUUCAGGAGAUGUUAAAAUCAAUGCGUACCUUUGAUGACAGGAUCGUCCACGCUCUCAACACUACUGUGCCCACGGUGUCCUUCUCAGGAAAAGUGGAUGCCUCACAGACCUGCAAAGAGCUUUACGAAUCUCUGAUGAAGGCCCACAUGAGUAGAGAUAAAGCAAUAAAGGCAUGUAUUGUAGAAACUUCAGAAGUUGUGGGGCGGUUACGUGAAGCGAGGGCGAAGGAAAUCGACAACCUGUCUAUCAUCAAACAACUCAGGAAAGAACAAAACAAGUUAAAACUCAUGCAGUCCGAACUGAACGUUGAAGAAGUCAUCAAUGAUCGCAGUGUGAAGGUUUUCAAUGAGCGAUGUCGAAUCCACUACAUCCCCCCUAAGAGCAAUUAAACUUCAGUGCCAUUUGUAGCUGCAGUGUUCGCUGAGACGACUGUGAAAAAACAACUGGACUUCAUAAAGCUGUUGUACAAAAUGGAUUUUUAUAAACAUUUUUUUUGUUUUUUUUC